GGGAGAGAACUCAGUUGUCCAGUGACAAUGAUGGGUUUUGGGAAAGUAAUUGCCCUAGCGGUGAGUGUGGGCCUAGUUGUGGGUUUGGCUGAGGCCGGGCCAUCGAAGAAGGAGCAACAGGCGCUGGAUGCCAAGAACAAUUGGUGGCAGCACGAGGUCUUCUAUCAGAUCUAUCCGAGAUCCUUCCAGGACAACGAUGGCGAUGGCAUUGGCGAUCUGCCAGGCAUCACCUCCAAGCUGCAGUACUUCAAGGAGACGGGCAUUACGGCCGUCUGGAUGAGUCCCAUCUUUGAGUCGCCCAUGGUGGACUUCGGCUACGACAUUUCCAACUACACAAACAUUCAGCCGGAGUACGGCAGCCUGGAGGAUUUUGAUGCACUGAUAGCGAAGGCCAAUCAGUUGGGCAUCAAGGUCAUACUCGACUUUGUGCCCAAUCACAGCUCCAAUAAGCAUCCGUGGUUCCUCAAGUCCAUUGCCCGGGAGGCUGGCUACGAGGAUUUCUACGUCUGGGAGAACGGUACACUGCUGGAGAAUGGCACUCGUGUGCCGCCCAACAACUGGCGAUCCGUUUUCUCCGGUUCGGCGUGGGAGUGGAACGAGGAGAGGGGACAGUACUAUCUGCGGCAGUUCACCUACGCCCAGCCGGAUCUGAACUAUCGCAAUCCGGCCGUGGUGCAGGCCAUGGACGACACUUUGCUGUAUUGGCUGAACAAGGGAGUCGCUGGGUUCCGCAUCGAUGCGAUCAUCUACAUCUACGAGGAUAUACAGCAGAGGGAUGAGCCGCUGAGCGGCACCACCAGCGAUCCCAAUUCGUAUGACUAUCUCGAUCACAUCUACACGAAGAACCAGAAGGAUGGCUACGGCCUGCUGCAGCACUGGCGACAGCUCCUCGACAACUACUCGAGCAGCCAUGCGGGUCCACUCAGGAUAAUGAUGACCGAGGGCUAUGCCCCAUUGGCGCAGCUGAUGGACUACUACGAGGAUGCGCAGGGCAUAAAGGGGCCAGAGUUUCCCUUUAAUUUUGAUUUCAUUACCGAACUGAAUGCCAACUCCUCGGCAGCGGAUUUCGUCUUUUACAUCCAGAGAUGGCUGACUUAUAUGCCCCGUGGUCAUGUGGCCAAUUGGGUGAUGGGCAAUCACGAUAAUCCGCGUGUGGCCUCGCGUUUCGGUGUCAAGACCGUGGAUGCCAUGAACAUGCUGAUGUUGACGCUGCCUGGCAUUGGUGUCACUUAUAAUGGCGAAGAACUGGGCAUGACCGAUUACCGUGACAUUAGCUGGGAGCAGACUGUGGAUCAGCCUGCCUGUGAGGCUGGCAUUGACAACUACAAGUGGAUCUCUCGCGACCCCGAGCGCACACCCAUGCAGUGGAGCGAUGGGGAGAAUGCUGGCUUCUCCACUGCCAACGCCACUUGGCUGCCCGUCAAUCCCAACUAUAAGGAACUCAAUCUGCGCAAUCAGCAGCAGGCCCAGCGCAGUCACUACAAGGUCUAUCAGUCGCUGCUGAAACUGCGACAGCUGCCAGCACUGAAGAAUGGUGCAUUCCUGCCAGGUGUGGUGAAUCGCAGGGUCUUCGGUUUCAAGCGUGAAAUCAAGGGCCAAAACACACUACUGACCAUCCUCAAUGUGAAGAACCAAACGGAACAGGUGGACAUAAGUGAUUUUAUUGAUUUGCCCAAUCGGUUGAAUGUCCUUGUCGCUGGUGUCGAUUCGGAGCAUCGUGUGGGCGAACGGCUCAAUCCGCAGGCCAUCGCUCUGGCACCCUAUGAGGGUCUGGUCAUUCAGUUGGCCAAGCGAAAAUAAUUAGCAUACAAUUUUUGUUUGUUUGUUGUAUUUUACAUAAAUUAUAAUGCAGCUUU